AUGAACAUAUCAGCCUCUUGGAAUUCAAAUUCAAACGCUAAUAUUAGUUCAAUUAUCCCAAGUCGACUUCAUCACGAUAAGGUCGAUUACAUUGUCAGUGAUGUUUAUAAAUUCAUAUUUGGUGGAAUCGCUGGAGUAUCCUUUCUUGGUAACCUUUUCCUCUGCGUCGUCAUGUGCAAAAAGCGAUCACUGCUCUCGAAGACGUACAACCUUCUAUUGCUGAACCUUGCCAUUACAGAUAUGCUGACAGGUAAGUAUGGGAGAGCUUUCAUCACCAGAAUAGUUACAGAACUGUGUGAAGGUUUUCACUCAUUUUGUGCCCAUGUAAACAUCUACACACAAUAUAAUAGUAACAAAAGAAACAGAAAUAUUCUACUACUUGAGUCUUUAACAUUUGUUAGUAAAACGAAUAGAAAGAAUUCAACAGCCUUAAAACUUUUAAAACAAAUGUAUAUGUACAAUUAAACAUUCGUGAAUUUAGCUAUAUUUAAUGUGGCUCUGCUUUCUUCGCCUUUGAAAAAUGCAAUUCAAACAAUUCCAUACCUCAAAACAAUCUGAAAAUAAAUCUCAAGUCAAUGAUGAAUCUGGAGGACGAAAUUCUGAAACCAAAAUGCAUUGCCGUACUUUUUAAUAACCGAAAUAUUAGACUAGUUUAUGACAACGUGCCUUUAAUUCAAUCUCGGUCGAAAUUAGUUUAGGCGUGGUCAACAGUGAGUAAAACUGCGCAUACAGGAAAGCUUUGAAGAGCAACGGUCAGCCUUUUACCUUGGUUUUCAAGCAGGUUUAAAAAAAUUAGCAGAUAUUCUAAACAGUGACGAUUAUUUCAAUAUUAAAUAAUUCCGAAAAAUGCAGUCUGUAAAAAGCCCAGAGUGUCAAAACUUAAAAGCUAAUUGUUGUAUGUCGCAAACUUUCUAACGUUUUUCAUACAUCAGUUUGUUAAGGUUUGACAAAUUUGGUUGCACUGAUGAAAAAUGUUAUAGAUAUUUCCUUUUUCAUUUUAGGGAAUCGGGUUUGUUUAAUUUUAACGACUGUUAUCUUUGACCUUACACAUAGAGACACCAAGCAUCUCAUUAUUAGAUAUGUAUAAAACUGAUCAGCCACUCUGUACGCUCUGAUUGGCUAAAAGCAUUAUUGCACAUUUCAUCAUUUCCUCGAAAUGUAAUAAAAGUUUUAUAUUCAAAUUUAAUAACAGAGAAAAGAGGAGAAAUCCAACUAUAUUAAACAGCACAGUUUUAAUCAGUCUGGUUAACGUUUCACAUCUGUCUUUUCGAUGGUAAAGAAAUAUUGUAUUGUAUUGUCUUAGCUUAAACAUAUUAUUUUAGCAGACAGAAACUGAUUUUCAAGGAACUACAUGAACCACUUAAGUUCAAACUGAGCAUUGGAGUGGAGUCAAACUGUCAAUUUGACUGAACUUCCUGCAAGAUUACCAGCUAUAAGAGGUUAUUCCGGUAAAAUCCACUGUCCUAAUGUUUCAUCAUUUUAAAAGAAUUGAACUGAAAAAAUGAUAAGAAACUUUAUACUCUAAUGGGAAGGAAAAGCUCCGAUUCUAAAAGUAAUUGUAUUUUUACUGUGCACACACCUGGGUCAAAUUUAAAGAGCACAAAUAUGGUUCCGAGAAAAUUGAUGAAAGAACGUCGGUAAAAUAUAUUUAACUUUGUUAAAAAAGGGAGAAAUUUAUUGAAAUCAAUUAAAAGGAAAGAAAUCAACCAGGAAUAAAAAGCUAGAAAGAUCGACUGAUAACUAGCGUAGAGAACCGUUUGGACAGGUGUUUCAGAAACAAAUAAAACAGUCACCGCGCUAUGGUCCGCUGAAGUCAUUGUGAAACAAGGCAGACAGAGGUAUAAAUUGAUUAAUACAUCGUUCAGAGGAUGAACGCAACAACGAAUUUGGGCACAAACUCAUCCUUUAACGAAAGUUUUAUUCUUGCGUCACGUCAACAUCACGACAAGGUUGACUACAAUGUCAAUAAUGUUUACGAGAUUAUUUUUGGUAGCAUUGCAUUUGGGGCUUUCCUCGGCAACAUUCUCCUAUGUGUGGCAAUUUGCAAACGCCGAACAUUGCUUCGAAAGACUUACAAUAUGCUGAUGUUAAACCUUGCCGUUACAGAUAUGUUAACAGGUUAGACAAAUCGAGCCUCUCAGUACAGUCUGCUUGAAGUCGUUAUGAUUUUUUAAGGGCGUUUAGUGUAUUUUUCGUAUUUUUUUGUAGAGAUGAAAGGUAUGUUUCCAAUGUAGGAUAUAUGUCUGAUGCAGUAGGUGAGCAUACUCAUUCAAAGCAGUGUGAACAUCAGGCAAAUCACGGAAUUUGAUGGCCUACUCGUUAAAAAUUUUUGACUGCUUUAUGUGUGAGUGUUUUCGUUUAACUCUUUUUUGCAUCAAGAAAAUAAGCGAAGUGCAGACCAUUCCUUUGAUCACAGAAAGACCAAGAGCACUAACAAAACCAUUUGAAAAGAAAUACAGAGCAUUACUUAUAAUACAUAACACUGAAACGCUGUCUCUGCAAGAAAAACUGCCUUAUAUUUAUAUGGUACAUUUAAAAUCAAUUUGGAAGACUUACAUCAACAUUUGAUUAAGGACGGUAAAGGUGGAAGAAAAAUAACAGCGAGUCUUAUAUCGCCAUCUCUACAUAAUAAGUAGUAAUAAUUCGCUAAAUUGGUCCAAAAAAAUUAGUGAUGACAUAGAAUUAACAACCUCUGAAGGUAGAGAGUUCCAUUCGCAAAGGUCACCAUUCUGACUCUAUUUUACGAAAAAGAGACCAGAAAUUUGCAUAGAAAGAAAGUCAGCUUGUAUUUGUGGCCAAUUGCAAUAAACCACUUUCUAAUUGGAAUCAUUUUAAACACUAAACGACAGUUAAAUAUUUAUGGCUCUCUGUCCAUUACCUUGCUUGAAUUCGAGACGAAAAAGUAUCGAAAGGUAAUGUCAUCGUGAAGGAUCACACAGGAACACUUAAACUGAGAGCCUCAAUGUUUAUACUUUAUCAAAAGAAAUAUAAAAAGUUAAGAAUUAUGAAUUCAGAUCAUGGCACUUUUUCCCUUAUAAACUGUUUUUGUCAUCUUCUCAAUAAUCUACAGACCUCAAAGGCUUCUUUCAUCGACGAAAUAUUACGUAUUUUUAACACUGCUAUCAUGAAUACAGUGACGAGUUGUCGUUUGUAGUGACGACUGUUUGUCGCAAUUCAAACAUCAACGGAAACGUGUCAAAGAACUUUGAAAAGUCAAAGCGAAAUGAUCGAACGAACAGCUCGGGAUAUCAGGGGUAGCUCAUGAUAAAUAUCUAGAAAUUACGUUCUAUGGAAAAUAGCUUUCAGUUCGAGUUAAAAGAAUCAGAGUGAGCAAAGCUCAGCUGUAUAUGGUGAUCUCGCACUGUCAAAUGUCAAAAUGAAAGGCCAUAGAUUAUUUUUCUCCCCUGUUUACGCUCAUGUAAUGCACCCGGCUCCUCUUUACAUAUUUACUUUCACCUUUGUUGUCAAUUUAAUGAAAAUUUCAUGAAAGUGUUGAAUGUCGCACAAGUUAGAAAAAAAAAAUGAAAUUUUCGGCUACGAUAUUUUCAAAUUUAAACUCCAUUUCUGAGUUAAAAAAAGACAACUUGACAAAUCUGUCUGUAUAUUUACACAAGUGUGAAAUUAAAAAAAAUAAUAAUAAUUUUCUAUUACAUAGCCCCUUUCCUUCCGUCUUAAUCUAUGUGGAAAGCAAACUCCCACCGACUCAUUGACUGAAUCAUUGGCUUAUGUCUUGAUCGAUUUCCAGACUGACUGACUUGUCAACUGGCACACUGGCGUCAGGCUGACUGCAUAGCUUGUUGACUGACUAGUUGAGUGACUGACUGACUGGAACAGUCGGACCUACUCGUUUAACGCAUCGAAUGCGACUUCCUUGAUGUCUAACAACGUGUGAUAAAUAAUUCAGAUUCAACGAAGUCUUUAGUGUUUUGCUGACACCACCUUAUGUGCUCGGAAGAUACAAUUAUUAUUCUUUACAUACAACCGGGAAAAUUAUCAUACAAUUAUUACAUCAUAAGCAACCGUUUUAUUUCAUAGUCGAUGUUAGCAAGGUGAUUUCUUCUCCAUGCAAACAACGAGAACAAACGUGUUUUCUUGCAUGUUAUAAAGAUUCAUAGCUUGUUGUAAUUUGUUUACAUUUGAGACCAAAUCCUAAGAAAUGGUGGCUGGUUUUAUACGGUCAAGCAAACGGCUGCAAGCAGCCGAUAAGUUUCUGUCAAUCUAAGUUAUUCAAAAUUUGUAGUAGUGAUGUCGACCUUAUUUCAUUGGAGAAACUCAAUACGCGCAAUUCAGCAAUUUCUAUUGUCUUUUCCUUGCUACACAACUACAUGCAGCCACCACGACAAUGACUCGGGGUAACUUAACCUCAAAAACAAAUUUCUCGAGGGGUAACGAAAGUUUCCUGCCCCCAACGAACCAAUUCCAAGGCAAAGUUGAAAUAUUUCGAGUUCUCUUCGGAAAUAUCGCAUUUUUCUCUUUUCUGGGAAAUGUGUUUCUAUGUGUGGCCAUCUACCGGCGUCGCCAGUUGUUACGAAGGACUUACAAUAUUCUUGUUUUGAAUCUUGCAGUCACAGAUGUGUUCACAGGUUUGUUACAUUUACUAUAAACAUGAUACAUUAAUUCACAUUCGAAUUAAUCGAGGUAUUAAAAAAACACAUAGUAAAACUGAUGAUUAACGUUAUACUGUAUAAAAACCACCACCAUACAAACUGCAAUUUGUUCGCCUUCCAUUUCUCGGUUAAUAUCCUAGGUCACUUUUUAUUAAACAAAACCCACUAUUCGAAUAUUAUCUGAAAUUUGGAUUUUUUAUUAUUUGAAAAGUUCCAUCCUAGAAAAAUAGAUUUCAUAUUAAUUCUCCACCACUUAGAACGAAAUCGUCAUCGCUACAAAAUGAGAGCGUGGGUUGAGGAUUCAUUACCCAUCAUUUUAUAGAGAAUCAGACACUAAGAUCGUCAGGAGUGGUGGCUUUGAUUCUUGUAACUAAGGACAAUAAACCUGCUAUGUACUACGCCUCAUAACUCAGCUCAACUCGUUUUUUAUCUCUUAAGUUAGAUGAAGUAAAUAUUUCAUUUUUAUCAUCUUAAGCCAGGAUCAAAAUUUCCUGUCGUGUUUGUGAAGUAUGAUGAGAGCUAACUGCUACGCUUAUCGGCAGAAUAGAUUUGUAAACUUCAACUUCUCCCUAUUACAAAAAGAGUAGGACUGGAAGAUUCAACUUUUAAUAAGAAAAAAAUUGUAUCUCGUUGACUUCAGUGCAUAAUAUAAGCGUACAGAAACGUCAAGAAGCUGUCACAACGAAAGAGCUUUUUACAAUAAGGGUGACAGGUUUAUUUGGAACGAUAUCAACGUCACCGUAUGAAGUUCAGUGCCAAAUAAGGAUGACUCCAUGAUCAAAAAAUCAGUGAGUUAAAAAUAUAUCUGCCAUAUUGAGAUCUUUAGACAUACAAACAAUAACAGGUGAACAUGAAGUAGCUCAAAUGAUCACUCAUCACUCUUAGGAAGUUUGUACCGUAAAUCACGGUCCAAAAAACUGAGCAAUCAACGGAAAUUGAUUUGUGCUUCUUUUGCACAAUUCUUUUGACACUGGAUGAUUUUUGAAUAUCUGAUCGAUUACUCACGAACUGUCUCGUUAGUGCUUGAUGCAGUAGAAUUUUUUGCAGUGAAGUUUUGCGACAGAGUCACUCGAGAAUUACGACGUUUUAUCAGUUGGUGAAAAAAAAUCUUAUCUUUCCUUUAAUUAGAAGAGUUAAAGCACAAAAAGUUGAGAAAACUUCUCCUCAGAUUCAUUAAAUAAAAGGAUAACAUGGGUGAAAGCGAUAACAAAUUACUUUAUCCCGUGCGGUCCCUAUCACUGCCGCAUUUCCAUUGUUAGACAUAUACAAAAAAGUUUUAUCUCACCGCAGUGAUCUUAAUGUGAAUAGUGCUAUUAAUAUUUGAUCAUGGCCGUAAGUGAAAUGGUUUAGACCGACUUCCGUUGCACAUCAACCCUCUGUACAGAUUUCAUUUUGACAUAUGCAAAGGGAAUUUCUUUCAGCAAAUCAACGUAAGGCAUACAAAGCAGUUAGCAGCUUUAUAAACAAGAGGUAUUGAAGACAUAUUUGUCUACCGACUCUAAAACGACGUUUAUUACGAACCUUCCUUGAGAUAAAUUGAAUUUUUUUCUGCUUGACGGAAUUGAGAAUAAUGAACAACGUAUCUGCUACACUUGAUGGUGCAAGUAACCAAACUGUCCAUAGCAACGUUUCCGUUGGAGCUAGAGACCACAGUGUAAUAAUGAAAACAUCGUUUGGAUUAAUCGCUAGCCUUUCGUUUUUUGGCAACUUGAUUCUUUGUCUGGUCAUUUUUAUGAAGCGCUCAAUGUUGAAAAAGCCGUACAAUAUUCUUAUUUGCAACCUGGCCCUAACUGAUAUGCUCACAGGUAUGUUUUAAUAGACCAGUAGAGCGAGUACGAUUUAUGCGUCUGUUUCACAGCGUCAUACAACAAUAGUAAAUGUGACAUGAUGUGCCAAUUGUUCGACUUUCGUUACAAAAAUAGUAACCGAUCUAUUUCCAAUAGAAUUCUUGUUACCUUUGUUUUCCUUUCGAGAGGAGAAAUAUUCCAAUAUUCCAUUAAAAAAUUGUCAUUCAAACAUCUUUUUCUGUUUUGUUUUCGAUGUAUCUGGGUCUUUGACAUUUAUAUCAGCCUUGUAAACCAGAUAUUUGUUCAGCUAGACAUCUUUCCAGCUGAACAACUUGCACUGCACCCAGUGUGGAAAGUCACCGAUUUAGAUUAUGCUUUGGCUUUUUAAAGUUGGAGAUUGUACUUUCGCUCCAUCGUUUAAUGAAGGGUGAUAGGUAACAUGGAUCAGCAAGUAGCGUCUAAGUAGAUACUUCAUUUAAUCAAAAUCCAAAAUGUUAUUAAGCAGACUACAAACUCCAUCAAAUUUAAAGUCUGAGAAGUUACAUCUGCUCUUCUUUGUUUGGACGAAACACAUGCCGCACUUCUCAGUUGGACCUGCGCCUAUCCCUUGUAAACAUCGAAAACUCAAAUAAAAUUUUUCGCUAGAGCUACAGAUCACCAAAUCUUCCAUUGGUUAAAUAAAAAAAGGACAAAGAGUAGGACAGACUAAAACCACAAUCACCUUGAUCCUCAAAAAGUAAUUCUUUAAGUUUGUGGCGCAGAUAUAAAAUUAAUAUAAUAAUGGAGACAGUGAUAUUUUGAUUUUUCAAACAGGGAUCUUCCUUGUUGUUACACCAGACUACCUGAUCGACAGGAAAAACUUUCCCUACCCAACUGGACUCGGAGGAGAGAUUUACUGCCGUUUGAUUGGUUCAACCUACAUUCUGUUUAUCUUUGGUAAAGCUUCAACUUCCACGAUUAUGUGCCUGGCUAUAGAUCGUUGGUACUCCAUAGUGAAGCCCAUACGCUACAAAACAGCAUUCAGCAAGCGACGUUUGUACCUGUACAUAACUUUAAUCUGGGCCUCUGCCGCUAUAACUCAGAUCAAUGAACUCUUUAUCACCGCAACGGAAGAUGGCGUUUGCACAUUCGUUACUCCAUUCUACGGAGAGAGGACGGAACGGACCCUAAUUCUUCUUCACGUGAUCAUCACAUUCUACAUACCGAGCAUAGUCACUUGGAUAACCUUUGGAGACAUUUGGUCGCACAUGCGCCAACCCAACAUUCGCCGCCAUUUGAAUUCUCACAACAAGGCCACCAAGCGGUUACUGCGCAUGUGUGCACUAGCAGCCUUCUUUUUAACAUUAUGUUGGCUUCCGGCAGAAACAUUUUUCAUUCUAUACAAGUUUGAAAUUUUGAAACUUCCCUUUGAAUUCUACUUAUUUACCAAUAUUUUAGCCAUGUCUAACUCCUGCUUAAAUCCAUGGAUUUAUUGCCUCAGUAACAGAGAAUACAGAAAAGAGUUCAUCCGACUUCUAUGUUGUUUUAAAGUAACCACGGAAAUCACCAACCUCGGUAUGUACUUUGGUUGGGUUCGAAAAAACAGAUCACGAUACUCUCUUUCAGUUGAUCUUGAGCAAUCAAGUUCAAACGGUAAUUUACCUGCCGGCCCUUGUGUUAUCAGGCUUCGUAAGAUGCAGCAAGAGUCCAGUUUGUCAGCCAUGACGUCUUUCAGCAACAUAGCCUGUUCCGAUGCUAAUUCGUCAGAAUUUACACCGCAUGGUUCGGUCAUCCUGCAGGUCAACAACACCAUAUAAACGCUUUCAUACAUACAGCAGUCAUUCGGAGAGCUUCUGCUUAAUAACUCUGGAAGGUAGUUGCAAGUAAAUAUUUCGACAAGAGAAUAAUAGAGAAAAGCCUUCGCGAACCUUAAACAUUAGAUCAUAGUUGUUCGAUUAUUGGACCAUUUCAAUACUGGUAUCUAUAACUAUGCAAGAGCAUUGUGGAACUCUGACGAUGUAAGUGCAGGGAAAUUCCCAUUAAAAACAAACAGCAACAAAAAAACAAUCCACCUAUAUCAUGAUUUUAUUGUUGGUCUUUGACGUAUGGCAAAUAACCCAAACUAUUUUAACAUGCACCAAUCACGACGUUUUAGGGCAAAGAAACAAAAAAAAGUGGAACGUGAGGAAAGCUACUGUGAAGAUUUUUAAAAGGCCUCAACUUUGGAAAUUCUUUAAUAUGCACUGGAAAACGGUUGAUUACCGGAACAUCUAUGACAGCUAUUUUCGAUUAUAACCUUCGUCAGAUAGUUAAUCGUAUACAUGAGUCAGUUGUGAAGGAAGUUGAGUACAUGCAUAUCGCAGAAUCUAUUGUCAAGAGAGAACUAAAUUGAAAGUCUGUUUACAACUCUCUAACUACGUUGGCGCGCAUUUGUGAGUUACAUGUAAAUAAUUUUCUUGGAUUUAGAUCAUGUAAGUGUUGUUUAUUUUCUGUUAUCGACAUCUAGUCCACUUCGAAAUUUUGUAAUCUCUGUUUCUUCUGGCUUUUAGAUCAAAAUCACCCAUUUCCCUUGCUCGACAUCUGCUACUCCCACGAGUUAAAAGAUCUCGAUGACUAAAUUAAACGCAGGUGAUAUUCAAAUAUGUGUCUCUUCCCCCCAGCAAAAACGUGACUUCUCUAUGAAGUCAACAUCUCUCAAUGGAGAUAUUGUUACGAUAUAAAAGUUGACGUGUCCACAAAAAAAAGAACCUUUUCAUCACAAAUAACUUUUUCUGAAGGUAAAUAUAUUUCUUAGAAAAUAACUUGUUGUCAAAUAAAUGCUAUAUUAGGCAAAAGAAUGACAUCAUCGCAGAAUGUUCGCGGAGAAUAACAAAAUAAUUCCUUGAGAAAAGUACAUGAGGAAAUUUCCUCUUUGUAAGUAAUGUUUUAGCUCCCUGUCGAUGUAAUCUCCGAUAUGUACAAUGCCAGAUACAUUGAUAUAAUUAAAGCCUGCAUUAAGUGUGUCACCAGCCUCUUAAAUCUUAUAGUGAAUAAUAAUAUUCUCGUAUUGGUGUGUGGUUUUCACUUAUCUUCUGCAUAAGAAGCGUCUGAACCAACCUUCGUACUUUAAUCUUUGUCAUGUUGUGCUUCAAAAAAUGUAAAUUCACGACGCGCGACCAUAAAAUUACCGGAUUUACGUAGCCACGCUUGACCUUCAUUAUAUUAUUUCCUUAAAUCAUCAAAUAGCAAAAGAAAAUUCAAGGAAUUCGUUUAUUGCGUAAACGAAAACUAAGAAUGUUCAACAAGGCUUUGGGUGCUGGAGUUACUAACGAAACCGAGAUUGACUCCAUUUUCAACGAAAAUGGCGAAAUUUUCGAUAAUAGAAUGAUUGCGAAGGUUUCUUAUGGAAUAAUUGGGGUUCUCGCCUUCACCAGUAACUUGGUGUUUUUUGUCGCAAUGAAUCGGAAAAAGAAGACGCUAAAAACCUGUUAUGAUAUAUUGAUAACCAGCCUAGCAAUCGCUGACAUGCUCACGGGUAAGAAAACUAGCAUGUGUCGUGUUGUUAGAGUCAGUAAUUCUAUAAAUAAUGACCAUUCCAGACUCAACAUUGUUGUAGUGGUAAUGGUAAAUGUGUAAGAAACUGUAAACGUAUUAAGAAUUCUAUUUCUUGAAAUUUCCAUAAUUUAUUUUUAGGAAGAGUUAGUUACAACGCAAUCACAGUACGAUGAUUUUGGACUCUGAAGGGAAACUCUUUCAUUAAUCAAGUUUUUAUUCUUCUAUUUCCUCCUUAUAGUUCUUACUCUCUGAAUGAGGAAGGCGGAACAUUUACUAUAAUUAUUUCUUGUUAAUGUUUCAGGUCUAUUUAUAAUAGUCACACCCAACUACGUCAUAGGCAUGUCUUUGUAUUCAGUACCAGGCGGCAUAGCUGGUGAGAUAUUUUGUCGAAUGAUAUUUUCUAAAUUCUUCAUUUUCACCUUCGGAAAAGGAUCGGUGCUUACUAUCACAUGUCUGGCUGUCGAGAGAUGGUUCGUUUUAUUAAAACCAUUACACUAUCAAAAGACCUUUUCUCACCGGAAACUCAUCAAAUACAUUGGUUGUAUCUGGUUCAGCUGCGCUUGCCUUCAGAGUUAUAAGCUGUUCUACGUAAAAUAUUCCCAACAUUCAUGUUUUUUCAUUCCUUUACCUCUCGCCAAGAGUCAGGAGACUGCUGUGGUAAUAAUUUACGUGUCUCUCACGUUCUUCCUUCCAACUUUCAUCACAUGGGCUGCCUUUCUUCAUAUAUUUGUUGAAAUAAAGAAGUCUAACGCUCUCAAAGAGAAUCGAGGAAAAAUAAACAAACGUCGGUUGCUUAGGAUGUGUGCAAUUAUGUCUCUAAUGUUGACAGUAUGUUGGUUUCCAACAGAAGUUUGCUAUUUGAUAAACCAGUACGGAUUUCCUAUUCUAAACUUCGGCACUCCAUUUCGUGAGUUUACAGUAGCGCUUGCUCUGGCAAAUUCUUUUGUGAACCCUUGGAUUUACGUUGUGUCCAACAGAAAAUACAGACGAGCAAUAAUGACAUUCUUAGCUUUAUGUCACCAAGAUAACAGUAAGUAAUACUACGUGUGAUAUGAUUCGAACCACGGGUAUAAUGCUAAUGUUGCAUCUGACCUUGAAAUUAAUUUCAACGGUUUCAGUUACAAGUUAGACCGGCUAGACAAAAAACAAAAAACCUGCAAAAUGACAAUAGCGACAAUACUCACCUGCAGCGACGAAAGAAAAAAAACUCUUAAAAAAAAAAGCUUGUGAAUAAUUUUCAGAUAUAAUUUACUGCAAUCAGUAUUUGUAAUGUCAGUUCUUUUCGGUGGUAAAACAAUAUAUAUUAUCAUAUGAACAAGUUUGUUAAAGUCUUUACAUCCUCUCCCCCCCCCCCUCCCCCCCCAAAAAAAUGCCACUCUAUUUCCAUUUAUCACGAGCUUUACCGGGACCGAUUCUAAGUUAUACUGAAAUUUGCUAAAAAUAUGCGAUAUUUGGAUUUUACGGAAAUAUUACUGAUUUGUAAAACUUUGCUGUGUGCUCAAAAUGAGAUGAAACGGUGCUGGUGUAAACCUAAACCAUAACUUAAUUAUCUAAUUGCUACAUGAGCUUGCCUUUUUUCGCGCUUUUCAUGCAAAGUUAAUCUCAGUGCCUCUGUUCUGGGGACUGAUUUCCGCCACGCAGGGUUAUUAACACUCGUUUCAGUUUUCGUGAAUUUUCUAGAACAAAGAAGUAGAUUUGGGUGAAAAAAAAGGAGGAAACCUCCUAGAUCACGUUUGCAAGCUCCUGAGUGUCCAAGCAAAAUAUGAAGGUUUUCAAUUUCUUGACCAAAUACCGCGAUUGUCGACUUUCGUAUGGUCAUCUUAGACGAAUCAAAACAAAGUAGUCCAAGGUUAAACUCGAAUUAUUUUUCACUCUAUCAUAGGGAAUCCUCGCAACCUCUCACCAAGAAGAAACUAUCUGAUCUAAGAAUGAAAGCCUUCUAUUCUAUGUAUUUGUUUAUAUAUUUCGUAUUGAUUUAUGUAGACCAGAAGUAUUAUUCAUCAAUAUCAUUCUCUAUUUAAAAAAAAUGUAUCAAAAUGGGAAGAGUUUUAAAAUUGUCUUACAACCUGAAUACAGAGUGAUGUCAAAUUCACUCAUUGAGUUACUGGGUAUGCGCGAACCCUCGGCAGAUGACACUUUAAAGCAAGGGAAUUUGAUUAAGAAAAGAAGCCAUAAGUUCUCCUGAAUCAGACCCGCUGUUUUUGGCAUGCAUGAUGCCACGCUUCCAAGGCUUAUCAUCUGUAGGGCAACCUAUGCUCAGAUUAUACAGUGAUAAUUAGCAUUUCAACUAAGUGGAUAAUUUUGAAAAGGGUUUUAGUGAUUAAAAAAAACCAAAUGAUUCGGCAAUUUUGAGGCGACAAGCUAUCGUGGGUGUAACUGAUUGUAUUGUAAUAACAGGCUCCUUACUUUGUCAACAGUAUAAUUUAUCAUUGUCCUUCAUGACUUAAGAUGUUGCGAAUUGAAUAACCAAAGUAAAAUAAAUUGAUAAUGGUCCAUGUCAAAAUAAAACACAUCGCUAAACAAAGCUUUCGUUCGUUCAGUUGGCUAGAGUCUCUCUGUUUUGGAACAUACGCCUCUGACGGGAUUCCAAAUUUUAAACUAUUAUUUUGUUCAAAGAAUCAUGUAGAAGAAAAACCUUAACCAGGUAAGAGUGCAAAAAAAUUAGAAACAAUCGAGACAAAAAUAAAUACUGGCUUAACUGUUGGUCAAUCAGGAUAGCAGGCGGGCAACUGUUUUUGAAACACACCAACUUGAUCACCCUCUAAGUUCCAUUUUGUCAACAAAAUCUCAGAAUGAUCCUCGAUUAGGUUUCGGCCAGAGUAACCGGAUCAAAACUGAAAAAAACGUUUCCAGUUUCGCUUCUACCGAAUGCUUUAUUACGAUUCUUGCCGCACAAUUAGCAUAACAAGGUGAAGAAUGAGCGCCAGCUUCCUCCUUUUAAAAAGAGUGUGUAAACAGAGCACAAUAUAUUACUUAGGAAAACGCAAAUUGUCCGGUAAAAGAGUUUGUUCUGCAUAUCCGAUGCUCGGGGAUCUUGAAAGGGGGGAUCCUAAACAAAUUAGUAAUGUAAAGCACUUGAGAAGAUGAAAAUCGCUGCUUGUAAAUCGUAGAUGCACAUAACAAGUGGCCAAUUCACUUGAAAGAAAUCAAUGGUGUUAACAGCGAUAACUUGCAGCUAAACAUUUCUUACGGUAAGCUAGUCAAAUGCAUUAUCAUUUGAUCAGGGGUAUGUCUGUGCCUCUUUUUGAUACUUAUCUCUCUCCUCCUCAGAAGCAAUCAUUCACAUUAUUAGAACGAUCAAGAUAUCCAUGAAAAUAGUGAGAUAUCAUGUAAAAAAUCGCUUAUCUAUUUGACUUGUAAUCCGUGGUCUCAACUCUUGUAAACAAGCGAAAGGCAAACACUCUCUAAGAGUGAAAAUAUAUUAGGUAACAUAAAUUGAUUUCCAUGGAAAUAAUAGUUUUGGAUGAGCGUUUGGAUAUCAUCGAGUCAUGAAAAAUGGAAAACUUUGGAAAUUUCUGUGGUUUAAACACUUAAAUGGUAUUUCGCGAAAAACCUAAACAGCUAACCAUAAAACCGGAAACUGACUUACAAAAACCUUACAAAAACAAUAGCUCUCUUGGUACGGUAAAAUACCGAAGAAGAGACGUAUAGGUGAGAAUGGAUUAGCUUGUAUCUAAUUACCUGCUGCAAGAUGUCUUUUUCAAGUUAAGUAGCUUUCCUUCAUGAGCGCAAGACAAUGGUUCCGUCAAUAAGAAAUUUCGAUAAUCAGGAGAAAAUCCCAAAAAACCCGUGACGAAUUCCUCGAUUGAAUUGAGGAUAUGCCUGAAAACAGCUAUUGUAGUUUUUUCUAAAAACGAUGAACCUAAUUAAGAAACAGGUGUAUUUCACGAUCGCUGAAAAAAGCUUCAUAUUAAUUUUUAACUCAAAUAGAAAGUAGCCAAGGGAAGUUUCAGUCCGCGAGAGAUACUAAACUUCCAUUUGUACAACGGAGGGAUUGUAAAAAUGGAAAAAGUGAUUACGACCCGGCACACCAUCAUCAUGUCGGUAUGAGGAUGAGAUCCACAGAGAGUAAAAAAAAAAGGAACUUUUUAAUUACUCUGAAUGAGUUGCAGUUGGGAGAUGGUUAUCAUGAUUAACCCUCUGUUCAGUUUCUCAAGCAAGACUUACUGAUACAUUGUUAUCGUUUAGUAGGAUCUUUAUAAGCGUUGUAUCUAAAAGUUUCAAAACAUUGUUUAAAGAUCACUUCAGAUGUUAGAAAUAACGUAAAUCCUUCAGUUGAGUUUUUUUUCAAGAGAACACUUUUCAUAUAAAAAAAUCUAUGGUGUUUUAACUAUAUAACAUCAGCAAUAGAGAGGCCAUGAUUCUGAAGAUAUUGACUUACAAGUGUCUUACUAUUUUUUAGAUGAUCUACAGCAACAGAUCCGAUAAUUCUACCAACAACUCUACAUCCUCGCCUUUGGCUUAUUCUUUCCUUUUGCGGAUAGCCUUCGGCAUCAUUGCAAUGACGGCGUUUGCGAGCAACGCUCUUCUAUGUGUGGUAAUAAUGAGAAAUGGUAAGAUGCUCAGGUCAGCUUACAACCUGCUUAUAUUCAGCCUGGCUAUUACUGACUGGCUGACAGGUAAUUUACUUAAUUUACACUCUACCCUUGAGGUUAUAUUAAAAGGACACAAAUUGUCUUAAAAGACAGAUUAUGUAUAUACUUGUAAACACCUACAAAUCUUUGAGUCAAGUUACCACGCAACUGCAUCUCUUUCUUUGAGCCCGGAAGGAAGGCUUGUCAUAAAAACCGAAAUAAAGGUAAAUCAUUCAAAGCGCCUGCCUUGUGUGAAAAAAAAAUCACUCUGUUUUUCAUGUGUAUGAAUGUAUUUCUCCGCUAAGUUCAUUCUAGUGUAUCAAUGUUUAGAAUCCAUAUGUAUCUAUUAGUUUGAAAUGUAAUCCUUUACGGUGUUUACGGGUCAGUGUGAAAGAACGUUCAAUUUGUAGCUGUAACAGCACUUUCUUCUAUUUGGUAUUUAUAGGAAUAUUUCUUGCGGUAACACCCAAUUACCUCAUCGCCCUCGACUCGUACCAGGCUCCACCUGGCAAGUUGGGUGUGAUCUUCUGUAAGAUCAUUGGUUCCCAGUAUUUUGUCUUCCUCCUAGGCAAGAUUUCUGUUUUCUCAGUUACAAGCCUUGCCUUGGAGAGGUGGUACUCUGUGGUCAAACCUAUAAAAUACAAGUUAGCAUUUAAGAAACGACGAGUCCUUAUCUACCUUGGUAUCAUAUGGUUCAUUUGUCUGCUAUCACAUGUUUUUCUCCCAUUUGGAAUGACCCUCGACAAAGACAAACUCAGGUGCAUUUGGGUUAGCACUGACUAUCCCCAAAAGUUCUUAGCAAUCACAUACACAAUUGUGACAUUUUUCAUCCCAACCACAGUAACGUGGGUUACGUAUUUACAUAUAUCUCUGUCGUCAAGGAGUUUUCCAGGAAGACACAACAAACGCGUCAGUCGUACUCGAUUCAAGCUUCUACGCAUGUGCAUCAUAGUAGCGUUAUUGUUAACUCUCUGUUGGUUUCCAAACCAGCUUUACUUCGCUUUAUCAACGUUUGAAUUCGUAAAGCUUGAGACACCUUUUCACCACUUUACAAUAGUCUUAGCCAUGUUCAAUUCAUCAAUCAAUCCAAUAGUCUAUUGCUAUACCAAUCAACAAUAUAGAAGAGGCUUUAAGUCUAUAUUGUGUCCCCUUUUUAAUUGUUUCCUGUGGAAAAGAAAACGCAGUUUUACUUUAACUCACGAUCAAGGAUUGCGGUCGCAGGAGGGGGACAGAAAUAAUCAAGCGGAGGUUUUUGACGGUGGAGUUUUGUUGGGGUUUCAUUAUGUUAACUACGGAUGUGAGCUGCAGCUGCAAGACUCUAGAUAA